AUGAAUCCUGAUGAGCGGAUGCCGGAAGGAAAGCGAGGCUGGACAGUGGUCCGCGAAGAUGAAGAUGAAGAACAAGUUCCAAGCUCGGAGAGCAGUCGCCCAGAAGAUCGACCAAGGAUGUACUACGUCAGCAAGGACCGACUGCGUGAGGCAGCUGGCAUGGACAGCCUGCACCAAAGGGCCAGAGUCAAGGCAUCACCAGAGGAAGUUUUGGCCGCAUUGCCAACGAUGUCAAGGAAGGAGAAGAAAGAAAUCCAGAAGGCGCUGGUGAAGGAAGAAAGUCAACACGCCUUCGAGCGAUUAGAAAGAAGUCGCCUGCUGGCCCACUAUGACAGUUCGUCCAGCGGAGAUGAAAGAGAUCCAGUACGACCGAAGGAUCGCUUGAGAUGGAGCGCCAAUGGAGAUGGUCACUAUGAAUGGCCAUCAUGGACAGUGGAUGCCGAUCAGCUGUCGCCGGAGAAGUCUGGCCAAGAGUUCCAAGCUCAGCUGAAGCGUAUGGGUUUGAGCUGGCAUGAGCCAGAAGAGUCCUUUCAGUUCGGCUCAGGAGAACCAGAGACAAGCCAUCGUGGCUAUAUCUACCCCGUGGGUAUCCACGGAAGUGGAGAACUGAUUCGCAUGUCCUGUGUCGGAGGAGCAAGAAAUUGUCCAGGAUUAGUGGGGCCGUCGGAAAUGGCACGCUGGAAUGUCAUCAUGAGCUUUGCAGACAAGAAGAUUCAGAUCAAGGGUACUUGGAAACCGAUGUCAUUGACUGCAACUCGGCAUCCAGCUGUGUGCCUACUAGACUUCGGAGAAGAUGUGACCCAGUUUUGGAGCCGUCCAGAGAUCCAAGACGCAUUGAAGAUGUUGGUACGAUCCCCGCAGACCUGGGCAUUCAAGGCAGACAAGCUUCCAUCGGAUGAAGGUUCCAGCGAGGAAGAAGAAGAAGAUCAAGAAGGCAGCGAUGGUUCAAGUGAUGAAGCCUAUGAGUCCUUCGAUGAAGAGGCCAUUGACCGACAUAGAUUGGAAACUGCUCUUGAGCGAUUGGAAAAGGAUCUGACCUUCAUCCCGGUCCAAGAGGCCCAGAAGCAAAGUGAUGAUGAAGAUUGGGAGAUCGUGCAAGGAUCCGAUGAUGAGGAAGCAUCCGUCACCUCUCACGAAUUUGGAGUUCAACACCAAGAAGAAGAAAGUACAGAUGAUGAGUCCGAGACAGAAGCCCAGGAUGAGAAGGAAGUGCACGGUCCAGUCAAGCAUAUGAGCAAGGCACAAAGAAGUGAAUGGCGCCAUAAUACCAGAGGAAUACAAGACACCUAUGUCCAGAGGAGAAAUGAAGCCAAGGAGAAGAUCACCAG